AAGAACUGUUUAUACGGCUACACAACAGCUCUGCCAGGUGUUGGUUUUACACCAUGACUGACUGUGUUUUUCACAACUGGAAAUGUUGUAAACAUUGGAAUUUCUUGUAAGAAAAUUCAAAAGUGUAGUGGUUUUCUUUCUUUCAACCAGCUGAUUGAUUGGGAAGAGAUUCAGAGCUUUUGACACAGGCAGCCAUGGCCAUUCCCGUUGAGAUCAUAAGCAAGGUGAUAGAGCAAACGGCUAAGGUGGUAGACGAGCAGGUGGAGGCGCAGCUGAGCAAGCUGAAUGAAAUGGACGACGACGAUCUUGAGAGGCUGAAGGAGAGACGAUUGGAGGCGCUUAAAAAAGCACAGAAGCAAAAGCAAGAGUGGCUGUCCAAAGGCCAUGGCGAGUACAGAGAAAUCUCCAGCGAGAAAGACUUUUUUGGUGAAGUAAAGGAGAGCAAGAAUGUUGUCUGCCACUUUUACAGAAAUUCAACCUUCAGAUGUAAGAUCCUGGACAAACACCUGGCUCUCUUGGCAAAGAAGCACGUUGAAACCAAGUUCAUUAAGCUGAAUGUAGAAAAGGCCCCAUUUUUGACAGAGAAGCUGCACAUCAAAGUUAUUCCUACGCUGGCGUUGCUUUUAGAUGGGAAGACAAAGGAUUAUGUAGUGGGAUUCACAGAUCUGGGCAACACAGACGAGUUUUCCACCGAGAUGCUGGAAUGGAGACUCGGAUGCGCGGAUGUGAUUAACUACAGCGGCAACCUGAUGGAGCCACCGACAGGAACACAAAAGUCUGGCUCAAAGAUCACAAAAGUGGAGAAGAAAAGUAUCAGAGGGCGAGGUUACGACUCCGACUCCGAGGACGACUGAGACGCUUUGAUGUGGCUGGUUUUGUCUCUCAGGGCUACCUCACUGUUAUUUCCAGCAGACAGCCCUCUUUCAUUGUUUUUGUUUUCAUCACCUGCUCAUUCAUUCUUUACAACUUACCUGAUCUGUGAUUUUCAUCUUUUAUUUAACGGAAUGUUAUGUAAUAAUAAUAAUAAUUUGGUCAUCCUGAGCAAGGAAUCAUACAUAAUGUGAUUCACUGUUUUAACACUUUAAGCCUUCUUUUUGAAUCAGACUUGUUGGUUUCAUUGCAUUUUUAUCAAGUGUUGCGUUAGAACAGAGCCUGUGAUGCAUGUGGGUGCCAAGAUCGGAUGUAUUCAGUUUUUAGCAUCAGAAUACAUUUAUACAUGACCAUGUAGCAAAGAGUUUGACUUAAUAAAUACUGAUGUAAUAAAAAGUAGUGAAAGAA